CGUUUGUUUUUACCAGUGUUCGAGCAGUAUCAAAAGGACAGGCAAACUUUCGUCCAGUCUGUCGCUGAUCUAGCAAGCCGACCAGAGAAUAUUGAAACUCUGCAAAAUGCAGGUACGAUCUAUUGAUAUAAAGUUUCUUGUCUUUUAAUUUCUAAAAGGCAUUCGAGAAAACAUAUGCGUAAAGGGCUUUUCAGCCUCUUCUGCAAUUCUGUGGUUGUGCGUUAUUGUACUUAACUUGAUCUUCUUCCUAUUAAAUUUUGAAAAACUUAAGCUUAAAAUUGCUUAAAUAACUUCGUUAAACUGUGAGGAACAUUUGUGAGAUCGUUAGUAGGCAAAAUAUUGUCUCGAUCAGAUGUAUAGUAAGAUUGACAUCGAGCAAGUGAUAACCUAGUCUGUAAUGUCAGUUGUAGACUUAUUGUUGCAUGUGAAGUGUGAACACAAACUGUCACAGAUGAUAAGUCUGUACAAUGUAGCUUCCUCCAUACCAACUGAAGGCUAUGCGUUUGUACAUUUCCCUGUUUUUAGAUGCCAUGGCUCUGUUGAGACCUCUUCUUCUUGAUGUUGUACCUGCCAUUCAACAAACAGCUGCCUUGGCUCUUGGCAGACUGGCCAACUAUAACGAAGAUCUUGCAGAGGCUGUCGUGAAGGGAGACAUUCUGCCUCAGCUUGUGUACUCUCUAGCAGAGCAAAAUGUAAUGUUUCAGUCUUUAUUUCAUUUAUAUACAUGUAGUAGAUUCUACUAUACUGACUUACCAGUACCUUCGAAAAGGGCAUUAAGUUACGUUCCUCACAUAAAGUAUACAGUGUAUAUCUUAGUGUUAAAAACUAUUACGGGUAUUUGGAUUUGUUUAAGGAAAUAAAGAUGUUGCUUUCUUUACAAAUAUAAAUUAAAACCCUAACCAGAGUUCAGGGAAUGAAUGUAGCAGUAUUAUUUACUAUAAAUUUAAGGGGAUGAAUCUACACACCCAACAUGCAUUAACCCAAAGAAGCCAUGACAGGAGAUUUUCAAAUUUUUAUUGCUAUCCACAAUGUCUUAUUCUCACAAGCUGCAUGGAUAAAAGAUUACAUUAUAUAGGGAGCUCAAGCAAUGGUGAUGGUGACGGCAACGAGGACGGCAAAAACGCAUUACAUUUGGAUUAGCAAAACAACGACUUUGCAUAUGCAUCGACACUUUUUUCCAUUUCUUUGCUGUCACUGCAUGACUACAAUGUGAAAAUGCCUAAUUUCACAUUUUGUGGGGGGCAUGAAUAGAAGACAACAACUUUCUUUUUCUUUUCCUGUACUUUGACACAGUCCUUUGGAAUUCAACUCCAGAAAAAUUUGCCAACAUUUGAAUAAUUGAACAAGAUGGAAUAAGUGCGAUAAAGUUUGGGACAGGGCAAAUUCACUUUUUAAUUGAUGUUUUCAUAGCCAUCACUGUCGUAGUUGCUUAAGCUUCUCUUUGACAAUGCUGUCGUCUAGCAACACCCAGUGGUUCCUGGCUGCUAUAAACUUUAACUCCUGGGUAUCUCAAAAAUCUUAGUAAUUUUCUCAAAUUGUAAUCAGAAUACAGCUACAUGUGGCAACCUAGAUUUCACAGGUUCAGAGCACUGGGUUCCCUUCAAUUUUACUUGCAGCACAGCCUUAAAAUGGUAUUGAAAAUUGAUAAAAAUCAAUAGUGGAUACAAAAUAAACAGGAGAAGAUCCUAUAGGUACAGUGUAGUUAAGUUAAAGUUAAGAAUAGUUGAAGUUUAUUUUUCACACAGAUUAUUUAUAAGACACCUUAACAGCACCUAUACAGUAUAAAAACUGAUUAAUAAUUUACACAAUUAAAGAAGAUUUUUAGAUUGAAACCUGUUUUCUUUCAUCAGCGAUUUUACAAGAAGGCAGCAGCAUUUGUUCUGCGAGCUGUAGCAAAGCAUUCACCACAAUUAGCACAGGUACUUUAAUAUCAAUGUUAAUCAUGCUAGGUGUCAACCUUUCUUUAGUCUGAGUCCAUAAAUUAAAGCUGAGUGUUCAAUCAUAUAAAAUGCUCUUGAUUUCCAUGUUAAUCUAAGGUAUUUGUAAAAGCAUGAUUUAAGUACAAUGUGAUAUCAGUAUUUGUGUUGUUACUGUGACUAACUAGGAAUAAUAUGUCUUGUUUAUUAUGUGUAGGCUGUGGUGGACUGUGGUGCUUUGGAUGCACUAGUGAUAUGUUUAGAGGAAUUUGACCCAGGAGUCAAAGAGGCAGCUGCCUGGGCUUUAGGUUAUAUUGCACGACACAAUGCAGGUUUGUUAAAAUACAUGCUUUGGUGUUUAACAUUUUAAAUACUGGAAAUGGGUAAUUAGAUAGACAGACAGACAGACAGACAGACAUAUUUUAUUUAGUCACAGUAGUUUUAUCAGCGAAAGUGCUGGUUUACACAAAAGCCGAAGGUUUAAUUUGUGUAUUUUAAUAAGUUAAUGAUCCUGUAACUUUGGCCAUAAAUAUUUCAAGAAACUUCAGUCCAUUCAGGGCUUCUGAUAUUUCGCGCGGUCACGGACCCGCGAAAUUCAGGUAUUUCCGCGAAAUCCCGCGAAAUUCCCAAAAAAACACGAAAUACCGCGAAAUCUGCCAGAAAUAUUUCGAAAUACAUGUCGGCAAAACAUAUUUAAUACUUAUCUUGGCUAUUAGACCUGUUUUAUUCACCCCAAACGUCCAAAUUUAUCUUGAAACUUCGUCACUGCAAUGAGUAAACAACGUCUCAAAACUACAAGGCGUUCUUAGAUGAACGUUGCGAAAAACUGGGCACUAACCAUAAUGUUAACAGCUUUAGCAAAGAGCAAAUGAUUAUCCCUGUUAAAAAAAACGUUAAACAGUGCUGGUCAUAUCGACGCAAAAUUGAUCGAUUUUAGCGAAAUUUGCCAAAAAAAUCCAGCAAAAUCGGCUGUUUUUUACUGAUUGUUUCUUGGCGAAGUUUCCCCCAAAAAUUUCCCGUGAAAUCGGCCGAUUUUUUUAAGAAUUUGCCCCGAAAAUCCUUCGAAAUUUGACUUUUUUCCACUGAAAUCCCGCGAAAUCGGCCGAUUUUCUGCGAAUUUUGACUUUUCUCCCGCGAAAAUCCCGCGAAAUCGGCCGAUUUUUCCGCGAAUUUGCCCCUGAAAAUCCCGCGAAAUUUUGCGUUUUUUUCCGCGAAAUAUCAGAAGCCCUGUCCAUUGACAAUAAACCCAACAAAGUUGCCAAAAAACUAAUCUUUGCAUCUCAAAAAUGUGGUUUUCGCCAAACACCCGUUAAAUUAACCACCUGGCGAAAACUUUGUUAUUGAAUUACGUGUAAUUAUAACAACCAUCCUCUUCAACAAUAGCAUAUGAUAAGCUAAGGGAGCUGCUAAGUUGUGCAAUAAUUCUUUGAUAUUUUAGUGAUGUUAAUAGUUUUUUUUUUCCUGUUUAGUGCUAUCCCAAGCAGUGGUAGAUGCCGGAGCAGUACCUCUGCUGGUUCUUUGUAUCCAGGAACCUGAGUUGCCUCUUAAGAGAAUUGCUGCAUCAGCAUUAAGUGACAUUUGUAAACAUUCACCAGAGGUGAGAGCAGGAUACAUGUAAUUAUGUGGCCCAUCAUGUUUCCUUCACAUGUGAGUGACCAAAGGAAUGCAUGUCCGAAUCUACAUACCAGUAUAAUUUGGCCCUCAAGGGAAUAAGACAUAGUGUCCUAUUUCUCAUGUAUGAUUACUUCUUUGACCAAUAUAUAUUGUCUAACCCCAGUUUUAGACAAAAUGACCUUGCCGCAAAUCUGAUCCAAACAUUUAGCACCUUAAAGAGUAGUUCUUAGAAUUCUUAUUUAAUUCUGAUAACUGGUCUGGGGUCUUUUAACAUGUCUUUUAGAUUUACAUGUAAUUGCAAGUAAGGAGAAGACUUUGUUUGGCUCAUGUAGAUCACUGCAUCCUGGGAGCAGUGCCUCCUUCUUGAGUGAGGAGGAAAAAAUGAGGCUCUGUCUGAAUCACUUCAAACAAGUCAAUCUUGUUUUCUCUCUCAAAAUGGUUUUUUUGAGUGGGAGCAUCCAUUUACUUGUAAACCAAUGGUCAUAGCUCUCUUACAUGUACUUGAUUGAUGCAGAAUUCUUCUCAAGUACACCAGAAUUGAGCAAGCAAAAAAAAGGCUCUGCUAGCAAGGUGGCUUCACCAAAUUUUCAGGCAAAAAUUUAAUAUGAAGUUUGCUCUUUUUAUUCUCAGUUGGCUCAAACAGUUGUUGAUGCUGGUGCCAUUGCUCAUCUUGCACAAAUGAUUCUUAAUGGUGAUUGUAAGCUCAAGGUAAAAUAAUGAUACUGAACUACAUUAAUAUAAAAAUUUUAGUCUGUUUGCAUGUACUUAAUGUACAACUACAUCUAUACCUUAUUUUAAUGUGGCCCAUAUUAUAUCCAGAUUUCCACAACCAUACCUCUUUGCUGGCCAUACAGCUGAAUCUUUAUUCUAUGUUACAGUUCUUUCUUUUGCAUGGAAAAAUUUUGUUUCAUCAAAAAUUUCUAAAAACUUCAUUGCAUUGUGUACUACUUAUAUCUUUGACGUAUUUAGAAAAUCAGAGUGUAACAGGUUUGUUUCUGAAAGGGUCAAUCCAGUGGCAACUCAAAACUCUAGUCUUCAAAACACUUGUUUUGUCUCAUAUAAGACUUAAUUCAAUCGUUAGUCAGUUCUCAAAAUUGAGAUCAAAGUGACGAGCAGCACUGUAUCUAUUUUGUUUUGUGUUAAGUAUGUCAUACUCUGUUGCCUCUGUAAGUUUUAUAAGCAUUUGCCGUGAACACUUACAGAAUUCCACUUGAUGCAGGGAUUUUUAAAAAGAAGACAUGUCCUUUUUUCAGCGACACAUAUUUUCUGCAUUAAGCCAGAUUGCUAAACAUUCAGUUGACUUGGCUGAAAUGGUAGUGGAGGCUGAGAUAUUCCCAGCGGUCCUUGGUUCUCUGAAAGGUGAGACAAAUAGGUGUAUAUUAAAUUGUUUUAUUUAUUUAUUAAAUCAUUAUUUAAACAGGUAUAUACUUGUCAUAGAUAUUAAGUUUGCUUGAAUUCCUUCCUUAUUCAUUUGGAAAGUUCUUCUAAGGCGGUUUUAGGCAAAAAUGUCACUUAUUUUGCAAAAAUAUCUUGCAUAAAGAAUUUAACAUAAUUUUAGAGCCUUAAACCUGUAGUUUUAAAUUGAGUAGAAAAAUGACCACCUAUAGUGGAGAAGCUAAUCAAAACAAACUAAACUGUGUAAUAAAUAUUUUGUGUCAUCUUUAUUUUACUAGACUCUGAUGAAUAUGUGAAAAAGAAUGUGGCAACACUGAUCAGGGAAAUUGCUAAGCAUACACCUGAGGUAAGCAAUAUUUUUUACAGAGUUUAUUAGUAUGAAGUGUGGUUUAAACUUCAUACUUUAUUUUAGAACAAACAUUUAGAUCUCUAAAUAGGGUAGAUUAUUGUAAAUACAACCACGUUUGAGACAUGAGAAUUUCGUCAAAUUGACCUCGUAACACAACACAAACAAAAUGGAAGUUAUCAUUUCAAAUUUCGUUAGCUGUUGUUUGUCUUGUACCAUAGCUUUUCUUAAGGGGCACGCAACGACUUUUUUCUGUGAAGUAACCCUUUGAAGGAGCAAAGAUAUGCCUGGAAAUUUCUGGAUAAUCUUUCCAUUCGUCUAAGAUGUUCGGGGUUUUCUCGUAACCCUUUUUUCACAUUUUAUCACCAAGAUAUUACAAUUUUUGUUGAAUAGAAGGUCCCAUAGGAUCUUCUAAUGAAAGUACGGCUACACCAUGUCCUUGAACUUUCGACCAUACCCAUCAGGAUUAAGAAUUUGGGAUGAGAUGGAAAAGCCACCUAAAACUUUCGUAACACCCAAAGCUUCCCUAAGACAUUAAAAAAGAUCAAUAGUUUUCAGGGCAGCUCCACAUUAACCAAAACAGGCUUCUAAAGCAUAGAGAAAAUUAUUUGAGAUACUUUUAACGUAUUGGGAAACAUUCGUUUGUUGGGUGCCCGCUGUUUCUUGCAUCCCUGUAUGGCGUUUUUGAAACGCGUGGCUGUGUUCUGUUAUGCUCUGUUUCAAAGGUAGUUUAUUACACAUGAAUGAUCUUUGUUCUCUCCAACUAUCUUCAUUUAGCUUGCUCUGCUGAUUACUAACGCUGGAGGUGUCGGAGCUGUUGUGGACUACAUCAGACAAUCAAAAGGAAAUGUCCGCCUGCCAGGGAUCAUGAUGUUGGGAUAUGUUGCGGCUCACUCAGAAUCGCUCGCUAUGUCUGUCAUUGUGUCUCAAGUAUGUACUUCAACUCAAUAGUCACGUUCAGUCUAGUAUCGUACAGUAAUUGAGUUGAAUAACUCUUAUUUAGAACAUUAUGUGCCCAAGAGUCUUGCCUUGAAGUCGCUUUUUUUGUUCAGAAACAAGAGAUUAACUGUUUCGUGCUCGGGGUAGGGGGUGGGGGGGGGGGGGUACUCGACCAAUAUUUGAGUAUAGGUGAGCAGCUGAGGGUUGAAACCCUGACCCUGUUUCGGGCAAAAGAUUCCUAAAAUACAUACCCUGUUUAGGACAACACCCUCCAUUUUAUUACGGGCUGUUUAGGACAAAGGACGCCAAAGAAAAUUCACGUUAUAAUCAUUGCUUUUGUAUACCUGGAGUACAAAGAAAAUUCAUCUUGCAAAUCAAAUCAAUUGUGCAGGCAAUACACGUAUCCUGUUCCAGGCUCUCAGAUAGUGAGGAAGACGCGAAAGUGAAAGGUACGCGCAAAGUUGGCGGGGCGGGAAAAAUGUUGGCGCUUUCUCAAUUGAGCGGACCCGACUAUCUCGGAGCCUGAAACAGGCAAUAACCUGUUGACAGAUUCCCACGAAAUUAUAUACCCUGUUUGGGACAGAGAGGACAAAAACCACACCCUGUCCAGCGGCACAUCCCCGUAUAGGCCAUAUAAGGGAAUACCCCCUCCCGGGGAGGGGGGGUUCGUGAGAUUUAUGUUUCCUUCAAGACAAUAUUUUUUCAAAACGAAUUGAAAAGAGAAAGCCCUUAAGCCAUUAAGGUAUUUUAGUAGUCAAGAGUAGUUUUGGUUCAGAUGUCUUGACUUGAGUUAACAAGGGAACUCUUAAACUCAAUCGGUUAUUGGAGGGAUUCACAAUGUAACGUGUUAAGCACCUAGUUUUUUACCACCGCGUGAAAAUCUGAACGGGUUUAUGAUGUACUUUACUUUCAAUGACAAUUAUUUGAGCACUUGAUAAACGCUGUCGUUGUUAUGAAAUGCAAUUACAAAUAUCACAAAUCUCCCAAUUCGUUUAAGGAUCAAAUAAUGGGUUACAUCAGAAUUUCUUUUUUGUCUCUCUUUUACAAUAAAGAGUGACGACAUUGUAACAUUUCAAACAAGCAUUAUACAGUAUCUUAUCGUUUUUUUUUUCUGUAGGCUGUCACAGCAUUAGCGGCAAUUCUUGCGGGAAGUGGAGAGGAUCGCACUACGGAGUUAGGUGGGAAUGAGGAGGAUCACAUCAAGGUAUUCGUGUCUCUUUUUACGGUGUUUACGAAGCGACGGCGACAUCAGUAUGAAAACUAUGAUGGAAAUUGAAAUCAAUUUUUCACCUUAGGGUACAUUUCUUCGUCAUCCUCUACCAGCAGCUAUCUUUUGAAAUUCCUUACCCCAACGUUUUUAUAGAAGACGUUGACAUUCGACAACGAAUUUUCCAUUCCUUUUCAAGCCUAGAUGCGCUCCUUAAGAACUCAUUUCAAACAAGUUCACAUUAGUUUUCACUGCCAUCGCCCUUGUGAAAGCUUGUUCUCUAAUAUUACAAAAUGAAUGUAGCAAUUUCCCCUCCAAUAGUAAUAUUUUUUUUAUUCCAUAAGCUUGCCUUCUACAGUGUCCGUACAUUGUAGUUGUGUUUUUACAAUAGUUUGUGAUUGUACCAUUCUAAAUUCAUGUACUAGUUAAAAACCUAAUCCAUGUUGUCACUUACCAACAGGCUGCUAUUGCGUGGGCCCUGGGUCAGAUUGGAAGACACACUCCUGAACAUGCUAAAGCUGUUGCUGUCACCAAUGCCUUGAAUUCACUGCUACAGUGCUAUCUCAACACUGAAAGCUCUGAAGACUUACAAACUAAGGUAACAUGAAAAUCUACAUGUAAUGAACAGAAAGACCACUUAAAGUCAUCAGUUCCACUUCGUUGAGUAGGUCUUAACUGUCACAGUGUCACACUGUAUUUGCAAUUAUUAAAAACUGAAUCAUUGGAUAAUGCAGUUCCAGAGCUCUGAUGGGCUUAGCCAUCAUGGUAUAUGAGCCAUUAUAGCGUGCUAUCCAAAAAUGGUAACUGUAGCCGUCUGCUGAAAUUCAAAAGCAAGCUGAAAAUCGGUUGUUUUUCCAAAAAAAGUCGGGAAGAAUUCUCAAUAUUUUGUGGGCGUUUAUUCCACUCGCCCUUGUUGGAUAUGAGAUGAUUAUAGCCAACUCGGCGCUACGCGCCUUUUUGGCUAACUACCAUCUCAUAUCCAACGCGCACUCGUGGAAUCAUUGUUAAUUAUUGUUGUUAGAUCAGCAAUCUACAAACCACAAUAUCCACAAACAAGCUUGCCGCUUGUCUCCGUGCAGCAUUAAAUCGGUAUUCCAGAUUAGACUGGCGUGGAAGGCUUGGGAACUUUUAACAAAUCAUUGUUGUCUAACUCAAGUUGAAUACAUACCUAAGCGAACUGGAAGUAGAAAAUCACUUUGCGGGGAGUGACUGUUAUCAAAAGUUCAAAUAGUAAAAUGCUGCUAAUUUGAAUAAAGCGGUUUUUGUCCAUCUUCGUGGUCCAGAAAAUGAAUAGCCUGUUCCAAAUAAUUUGUGAAGAGCGUCUAUAAAAGAGAGAAUGUAAGAUGACCUUCCGUUGAUGCGGACGUAAACGUUAAACGUUAGGAAUUCGGAACACUUCGAAAAGCGGGUCCAGACAUCGCACAGCGAACAAAGCGUAAAUAACUCACAAUUACAUACGGCAAAGUCAAGUGCAUCCUGCGGACAUUUCUCCUUUGUUCCAUUAUCUGGAGAUCUUUUUAAACGGUAAAACAGGCUCGCGUAUAACCUGGUACAGUAGGACUUUUCAGCCUUGUAGUUUGUAUCAACGGAGACGCUAAGAUCAUCUUUUCCUCAUUGUUAUAUUCUUUAUUCUUUCAGUCCAAGAAAGCUCUCACCAACAUUCUUCAAAAGUGCGUUCAUCUGCCAGCCUUAGAACCCCUGUUAAGCGACGCCCCGCCCAACAUUUUAAAGCACGUUGUUGGCCAGUUUGCCAAGGUUCUUCCGCACGAUGCUAAGGCACGGAAACUGUUUGUAACGAGUGGAGGACUUAAGAAAGUACAGGAAAUAAAUCCCGAGAGAAAUACGACCCUUAGUGAACACAUCAAUGCUGUUAACAACUGCUAUCCUGAAGAGAUUGUCCGGUGA